UGAAAAGUGAAAAAAGAUUAGCGAAACUAUUGAGUUCGUCAUUUGCCAGAGUGAAAAUUUGGUUAAAUUGUGCUAAUUUGUGCAUAAAAAAUGAGAAAUCAUCACAGAAAAGUGCAGUGAAAAGUUAAACUACACAAAGAGUAAAAUUACGUUGAAAAUAUGAACUGCCAUCAGAUACUAAGCGGAGCCUGCAAUGCUGGCGAUCGUUGUUUUGCAGUCGGAUCCGUCGAGGGAGUUCCAUUCACUGCAUAUGCUGCGGGGUGUAACAUCGUCAUAUUGGCAAGCAAUUUCGAACGUGUGCAGAUCAUACCAGGAGCUGUCCAUAACUAUAUAAGAAUUUCUGCGCUUGAUUGCAGCACUGAUACAGGUAAAAUAGCUGCUGCAUACGAGGACAAAGUGUGCAUUUUUGAGCCUACACCAUUAAUACAUAAUGAUCGAUCUUCUACCCAUGGAUUGGAGUAUAAAUGGGUUCAAACUGGAAGCUUACAAGCUACAUCAAAUAUUAGCUCAUUGUCUUGGAAUUUAGAAGGAACUCGCUUAUUAACUGGAGGAACUGUUUUGCAAUUGUGGCAUGAGCGCAUAUCUAAGCAAGAUGACGAUGAACCUGCCACUGUCAAAUUUGAAAUCGGAGGUGAUCGCGAUCCCAAAACACCAACCAAUGAAGAAGAAUCGGACGCUACAUGGGAUUGCGUUUGGAAAUGUCAUACUGCAUCUGCUGUUCACCAUAUGGCUUUUAGUCCUGACGGAACGCUUUUUGCUACUUCCGGAAAAAGCGAUCGUCUGGUUAAGGUGUGGUACGAGAACAAGCACAUUUUGUUUCCGAAUAAAAGCUUUGACCAAAGCCAAUCACAAAGUUUAAAUGGAAUUCCAGAGGCUAGUUAUGGUUUUGUAUAUGUUGCUCAUCCCAGAGCCGUAACACAUCUUUCAUGGCGGAAAACAAGCAAAUAUAUGCCAAAAGGAUCGGUAUCAAAUAUGCUGGUGACUUCCUGCUUAGACAACAUAUGUAGAGUAUGGGUGGAAACCGUUUUGCCAGACGAUGGGCUGGUUAAUAUGAAUCAGUUCGAUCCUUUAGCCUCACAGAACCCAAAGUUUAGAACCCAUAGGCACAAGCAUCGUUUUAUGCAACGAUUGAAGCAUAUGAAAACGUGUUUUCACAUCAGGCGGCACGCAAAACAUAAUGGUGCUACUGGUUUUAAUGGAAUGGGUGCAGGAUUCGGUGGACCAGGUGCAAGUGCUGGUUUUGGAAACGCCCCCAUACCAACGUUACCUUCAACCUAUAGUGUGCAUGAUUUUCACUCCUAUGGAUACCAUGGAACUGGCAUGACUCCAGGAUUACAUUUCCAUCUAGCCGCAUCCAUAAAUGCGGAAACCGAUAUCCCACUUGUGCCAUCAAUGCAAACCAACGAUCCUUCAACACAACCCAGUUUUAUUUUGCAUUGGCUAAACAACAAGGAGAUGCAUUUCUCGCUGCAAGCAGAAAGUAUUCUACAGGAAAUUACUAGAAAAGUUAUUGAGAAGGAAGAUUUAAUAUCUGGACCAAACAGUGAAAGUCACUCUGACGGAUUGCACGAGGAGGAACAAGGUAAUGAUGAAAAUAAGCGACGUCCGAAGAUAAAAAACAUGUUAUCGCAAGAAGAAAGCAAUAGCGAUGAGCACCCGGCUUAUCCAACUAAUCGUUCUCAUUCAGUUGGAGGAGCUUCGCAUGCAGGACUUCCUAGUCAACAUUCGUUAUCGAAUACAACAUCAAUCAACUCGCUUGUUAACGAUGGUAACAUUCACGUAACAGAUUCACUGGACAUGAAAAUCGAGUGUCUUUUGCGGGACUGGCAUCACAAUCCAGAUUUACUCUUUUCUAUUCAUCCAAUCGAUGGCAGCUAUCUGAUAUGGGUUGUCGAAUGGUUAGACGAAUACCACCCAGGAUCAUUUCGACAAGCACAGGUUUCAUUUUCUACCAGGAUUCCAUCCGCUUUCCCGUUGGGCGAUGCAAUGUCAAUGUCCACCACAGUUGCACUUUAUAACACUAGCGGAAACCUUGGUUUUCGAGAUAUGAUUGUACGUGGACCUAAACCGACUAAUAGUACUGGAAGUAAUGCACCAGAUAUUGGCAGUGAUAUUGUGACUUCAUUACCUAGUGUUCAAGAAGAAAACGAAAUGAACGAAGACAAAAACGAGGGAAACGUUGGUGAAGCACAGUAUAAUACAGGCAAUAAACAUGAAGCUGAUUCGAUGGGAAAUGAACAUAUGGGAGAGCAAACUGAUAUUCUUACCGCUCCACCUUCUCCCACAAUAUCUAUGGUGACCAAACAUUCAAAUGGAACGUUAAAUUUGUGGCAGCUUACAUUUGCUGAUAGAAGUAAAUUUUCGCAAGUGUUAAGUAUCGGUCAUGCUUCACGUGCCUCAGGCCAUCGAUUCCGCGUGAAUGAUAUAACAUGUCACCCAGUAUUACCAUUACUGCUUACAACAUCACAUCAUAAUAUACCGGACAUCCCGAACACAAACGUUAAACGCACUGCGGACGGUUCAGAUUUAAAAUUGCACCGUUCAAAAGAUGUUUGUACGCCGUCCGGUUUUUGUUCUGAGUUGAUUCUUUGGCGUGUUGAUGCUGUUGGUCCACUGUCCCAAUCUGGGGGUGUUAGUGAGCUAGCGCGUAUUAAUUCACCAGAAAUUUCCGCCUUUAGCAAUGUAGCAUGGAUACCUACGCUGCUGCCAAGUACAACAUUGGGCAAUUUGAGCAACUCUCCAUCUGCUUGUUUUGUUGCUAGCGACGGUGAAAGUCUUCGAGUCUAUCAAGCUGUUAUUGAUGCACGAACGUUGUUAGCAGAGAUAUCCAGCUCCGAAAGACGCUUCCGUCGAUUGGAUUCCAUGGUGUCUCUUUCGACGGAAUCAUCAUUAGAUCAACUGCCAGGAACUCAUUCGGCAUUGCAUGAUAAGAUCAAGAUUGUGUCGCAACAAUCAACAGCGCGGCCAGGUUGUAUAAUCCAAUUAGAUGCGAUCGACGAUGCAUCACAUGAUUGGCAAAACACUCAGUUGUUGCAUGUUUUUCAAGAACAACUCAUUACUGGGGAGCGCUCAGAUGAACCUCUCAUCAUUGGGAAUGAUGCCAAACAUGCUGGUUUGAUGGAUGGACAGAUGGGUGCGAUGGUUGAUUUGCAGAGAAAUGCGCAAUUCGAAGAACCGUUUUAUUUGGUCGUGCUAGAGCGUACCCAAAACGGAACAACUAUCCACAUGUGGCGAAUAGUCAUCGCAUCCCAACCUACUGCACCUGAUGAGAUGAGCAGCAGCAUGAUGUAUGUUCCUGACAGUAAUCUCGUGCAGGAUUUAGAUGAUCCAGAAUUUAUCCACCGAGCUUCGAUGGCAGGUAUUCAAAAUCCGGAGGAUGUAAAGAUACCUACCAAUCACAGUCCACAUGUGAAUAUUUCAACAACGAAAGUUUGUACUCAGGAGUUACCUUUACCGGAUGGAGUUGAUGUUAUUCAUGCAGCUCCAGCAGCUGGCCAUCUAAGCUCAUCGUCGAUUUAUCCAGCUUGCUUCGCUCCAUACAUCAUUGUGACAGCUUGUUCCGAUUCGACCGUGCGGUUUUGGAAAUGUAAAGUUUUCAAAAAUGAAAAUGAAAAGGUUCGAUUCACCUACGAAUGGUGCGAAUGGGAGAUGAUACGGAAAGAUCAAGAGUCGACUAUCGAUGUGAAUGGCCAGCUACUGCACAUAAGCGCUGCAUAUUCGGGGCGAAUUGCUUGUGCUUAUAAGUAUGGGAAAUCUUUCACUAGACCAACGAAAAGUAGUGAUCCGGAAACACGCUAUGUGAAUUUGUGUGUAGCCAUUUAUGAAUGUGAAAGCACCGGUGGAAGUGAGUGGGUUCUUGAGGAUACUAUUCACCUAAAAAACAUUCAUUUACCUAGAAUACAAGUAGAUCCGCAUUUGGAUCUCAGUUAUUUGUACGACAAUAAAACAUUGCAGAAAAAACAGAGGCUAAAUCAAAUGUUACAAACAUUAUCCCACGACGAUAACCGUUCUGCACGUAAUGGAGAUGUUACUCCUGAGGGUCAUGUAAAAUCCGGUUCUAGUCUGCUUGCCGUUCCAAGUUUUAGUACUCUUCAGUCAUUAAGAAAAAGUAUCACGGAGCAUGGUAAUACUUGUCCUUUAACGCAGAAGCAUCUGGUUCAACUUGACUGGGUCUCUCAGGAAGACGGAUCACACAUUCUGACCGUUGCGGUUGGCAGUAAAAUUAUGCUUUUUACACCUGUAUCUAGUGAUCUGGCUCAGUCCAAUAUGAAAGCAAUGAAAGAAUCACAGUCAUCAAAUCGUCCAUUGUUGCGUAAAGCAAGCUCGUUAGCGCAACCCCAUUUCAAUGAUGAAAUAAGAUGGAUGAAGUUACGACAGAUUGAACUCCGGACUGCAGACAGCUUACCGCCUUUGCCCAUGCAAAUUUCCUGGGUGCGAGAUGGCAUUUUUGUAGCAGGCAUGGAUUCAGAAAUGCAUGUUUACUCACAGUGGAAACCGCAACUGAACGCAAUCAACCAUAUGGAUAUUGAAGAUCUCUAUGAUAAUCGAUAUCUAAAAGAUGAAGAUCUUCGCUCACUUGCUCAAGAAAACACCCAAAGGCGCUUAGCAAAUGUUUCAUCGAUGCCGGUGUUGUCACGUGUUAGCUCUAUCAAUCUACAAAUGCUUUCUAACGAUGGUAAAAAAAGGAAACAAGGAUCACACAGCACGGGCCAUAUAACCAAUAGUAUAAAUGAUCAACAACAACCAAUUCAUGAUUACAUGACUGAUUACGGACUUUUCGAAGCAUCUCGUAUAGCCUGCCCUGUUUUACCACAAUACCAUCCGAAACAACUGAUGGAAUUACUCAACUCGGGUAAGAUACGUUGGGUGAAGGCUAUUUUGGCUCAUUUAGUGCGUUGUAUCAGUGGAUCAUACAGCGUACGUGGCGGAGGAUGUGACGAAGAGAGCCUCAACAGACAGCGUGGUUGGUCUAGAUCUCGCACCCUUUCUGUUAGCUGUCCGGCAGGCACUGUUAGUCCUCUUGAAGCGAGAGGAUCGACGACACAGAUUCCAGAGGAGCUAACGCUGGACUAUGCCGAAAUAACUUCGAUUCCACCAUUACCAUUAUGGACUUUAUUGGCAGCUGAUAGAGAGACGGUUGGAAUAACUGCCCAACAAAGUGAAGAAGUUAAGGAUUAUAACGAGCUUUUCGAGAGCAAUGUAGUGGAUGAAUCAUUAGACGAUUUGUUGGAUGAAGAACCCGAUAUAUCUCGCCAUACUGAUCGACGUUCAUCUUUACCUGAAAAACAUUACUUGUCGCACUUUGGUCCUAGGCAGGGUCAGCUACUGUCACGACUUUUGACCCAUACUCAUCUCCCAGGUCUUUCUUCAUUGGAUCAAAUGCACUUACUGGCUUUAGCUGAUACAGUUUCUACUUGCAACACCGAUUUUGCCGAACGUUUUGCUAUUGAUGCAGCCAAAACAGCGAUCGCCAAGGAAAAUCUCACAGGCGUUCCGAGUACUGAAAAUGUAUCUACUGAUUCAUUGGACGAUUGCGGAUUAAGAUUUUUACUUGCAAUGAAACAUUAUAACUAUUUACUCCGUUGUUUGCCAAUAGUUCAAAGACAAUCCUUCCAAAGACAAGGAGUCGGCACAGCUAAUGUUGUAUGGGCUUUUCAUUCAGAAAGUGAGGAAGAGCUGUUGAACCUAAUCCCAUCUUACGCCAAAGGACAACCCAAAUGGCAUGUGCUGAAAGAACUAGGUGUCGGUUGGUGGCUAAGAAACAACAGUUUGUUAAGGCAGUGUAUCGAGCGAUUGGCGAAGGCUUCUUUCCAAGCAAAUCAAGAUCCAUUGGAUGCGGCACUAUAUUACAUGGCUAUGAAAAAGAAGUCUGUUGUUUGGGGUUUAUUCAGAUCACAAAAGGAUGAGAAAAUGACCCAGUUCUUUGCAAAUAAUUUCUCUGAAGAUCGAUGGAGAAAAGCAGCACUAAAAAACGCUUUUGCGCUGUUAGGUAAACAACGUUUUGAACACGCCGUUGCUUUCUUUUUACUGGCUAACUCUUUGAAUGAUGCUCUGGAGGUUUGCUUGACUAAACUUCAAGAUCUUCAAUUAGCAUUAGUAAUAACUCGUCUGUAUGGAGGAGAACAUGAUCCUACUCCUCCAAGUUUCAAGAGAUUGUUGUACGAGGAAGUCCUAGGCUGCGACAAAAACGGCGAAAACCAAGAUCUCAACCGAUCGCAUCCGGAUCCGUUCCUACGAUCAAUGGCUUUGUGGCUUUUAAAAGAUUAUUCUGGUAGUCUCAGUACUCUGCUGAACAGUAACAUUGGUUGUAUGCAUCCACUGUUUGAUGACGAUAACCCAGUUUCCCACGGGGAGGGAACUCACUCAACCAAUCCAAAUGUGUUCAACUUUUAUGUGUAUUUGAGAACUCAUCCGUUACUUAUUCGUCAGCACAUUGCAUCCUCGGCUCAGGAUAAGAAACGAACACAAGUAGUUCUAGCUGGUUUCAGCUAUGGAAGUGAAACAACUUCGAUUACGAAACCUAACGUGGCAACCGAUAAACAGAUUCAGCUAGAGGAUUCCAUAACACCAUUGGAGCGUCAGUUAUAUUUUACUACGGCUCACGCACAUUUCAAGGCAGGAUGUCCAGCGUUGGCUCUGGAUGUUCUGAGCAAACUACCAUCGAAGGUAAUGGAUCAGAAUUCAACUAGCCAACUGCAGAGCCCUAAUGAUGCUAAACUACAGUGCAAUUCGAUUGCCACUGGCAUUCUAGAUUGGAGCAAAAGCAGCCAGGGCGAUUCAGGAAAAGAAAUAACUGACUCAAUUGAUUGGGGCGCUCCAGCUUCGUCAACUGCAGUAGAUUGGAGCACAGGAGCUACGGAUGGAUUUGACUGGGGUGCACCAGUUUCAUCACAACUUUCGAAUGGAAUUGACGAGUUCAAAAUUGAAUGGGAUGACGACGACAAACGAGAAGAUGAAGAUGGGGACAGUGAUGAAGGUAUACAAAUUAAAAACCCUGUUCAAGGAAAGGACGACAACAACGAAAUGCAAGACGAAGUUAAUUCGAAGGGCACUUUGGAUAUAAUGGCACAGCAGCUUAAAUUUAUUGCAUGCUUGAAAAUUUUGAUGGAAGAGCUCUCCACGUUGGCCACUGGAUUUGAAGUUGAUGGUGGUCAGUUGCGGUAUCAGUUGUAUGUAUGGUUAGAACGUGAAGUUGAAGCAUUGAAACAACUUUGCAAUUAUAGCAGCGGAGAUUCAGACAACACAGCAAUCGAAGACAAUAAUAAUGCGGAUGCAUUAGAUAAAGACACACCAGUGCUUUCAAAUAAGUUCCAGCACGAUAAACCGACGCUUCAUGAGAUUCUUAUACAGGAAAAGCAAGAUUUUGAAGCUAAGGUUCAGCGAGCAGCUAGAAGAAAACGUUGGCUCAAAGCUAACGAAACUCUAUUAAGAACUCUACUUAGCUACUGUUCCCUACAUGGUGCAAGCGGUGGAGGUUUAGCGUCUGUUCGAAUGGAACUCGUUCUUCUUCUGCAAGAACUCCAGCAAGAGAAAACACAACAACAACUACUAAGCCCAUUACCAUUCCCAACUACUCUUCCUCUAUUAAGUGCCUGUGUGGCUGGAAAUAAAACAGUGAUAGCCGAUCCCCUGCGUUAUUUGCAAUCACAUACACAUGAUAUGCUACAAACGAUCGUCGAUAUGCGUAGCCCCCCACAUGCUCUACGAGCAACAUUCCCAAAUGAAAUAUUUGUGUUGAGAGAUUUAGGUGUAGCCUUAUCAGCUUGUAUUUAUCAAUCCUUAUGUGAUUCUGAUACGUUCAGUGUGAAACAAUUAACAGUAACAGAGGGGUGUCACAGUCCAGGAAUGGAAACAAUAGCGAAACUUAAUGCUAGUUGUCAGAGUACCCAUCUAAUGGCCAAUGCCACAGCGCAUCAAAGACGUAGAAAAUAUUCGACUGAUGAACCACUCGCAGUAAGUACUCCUCCUUCAAAAUGGCCAGGUGUAACCAACCUCCGGGCGCUUCUGGCGCGUGAAAAAGAUGAAGACACGCCUCGGUUGAAUGUUUUACUAUGCGAAUCUUUCGUUGCUACCUAUAUGGCAUUAUUCGUGUACGCACUAACAACCUGCGAUUGUCAUAUAUUAUUCCGGCUAGCAGGACAAAAUUUCACCGAUUAUACAUGGUCCACGCUGUAUGGCGGAGGUGUAAAAAAACUUCUUCGUAAAGCAACGUCACAUGUACAGGCUGUACAGCAGGUAGUGCAAGCGCAGGUUCAACAGGAAAAUCUUGAUAGUCCGAUGGCAGAGGGAAGCGUCUGGGGUGCGGUUACCUCACUAACGAAACAGCGGGUGAAGCUAAAUAUGAAGCUCCUUGGACAUUUUGCUGGACCACAGGGUCCAGCGAAUAUGAAGGAGGAUAAACCAACUUAUCGCGAGCAGUUCGUUCCACCCGAGAUGUCAAUGGUAUCUUAUUUCCUCACUAAACCAGUGCCCAAAGAUUUGAACUAUUACACAGGAGAUCCUGACGAAGAUGAUUAUGAUUCGGCGGAUUCAGCAGUAUCUGACCUGGAUGACGAUGAGGAUGAUGAAGACGUAUUCAACGAUCCACUAAACAAUGACCCAAAGGUACAUCAAGCAUCUGCUGCCGCCCGUAAGCAUCGGCGUGAGAAUGUGGAGCACUCAAAUCCCAACUCAUAUUCUUGGUGCAUUCUACGAUUGGCACUUAUUCGAGUUUCUCAGCAUCAGUUACAAACGUUCAUCAACAUAGCAGGAAUUGAAAUGCAAGAAUUGCCAGUUUGUAGCCCGCUAAUACACGCUGUCCUGAGAGCAUUAUCAUCAUGGCAAGAAUUGUUAAAAGAAGAAUUAGAAAAUCGUGGUCCAGCUUCUGUUGAUUACAUUCCAGGUUGUUUCGUUGAGUCCGAAGCUAAAGGUCCUGCAAUUUUAAAAUAUCGCUCGUUGUUGGAGAAAUCGAAUACUCCGUUUUCGCCAUGUCUUUCAUCCGCAGCACCCGCCCGACGUUUAUGGAAUUAUCUUGUCCGUAAUGAACUCGUUCAAGAUAUCUUCAUUCGCGCAGUAUUUGGUAAGAAAAAACCAUCGUCCAAUACAGUUGAUACGGCGGUUGGCUCUAUAAGCAACUCGGUGAACGAUUCUGGUACACCAAUAGGAAAUGAAUCAGCGGCCGUUGCUGGCGUUAGUGGUGUUCAAAACUGUAUACAAAACAUUCCUGAGCCUGUAAGAAUCAUUCAUAAAGAUCAAGAGCAGAUUUCAGCGUUCUGUUUGAACUUGGUAAAUUCAGGGUUGCUAGCAUUGGCAACCCCAAGAGAAGUGCAAGAGAUGGAUAUUUCAUUACUACUAGAAUCGCCAAAUUGGAUGGAAGAUGAAUGUGAAAUGGACAUAAUGAAUCUUACGAAAGAUAUCGAAACGAUACCUUCCAGCAAUUUUUUAGUAAUACAAACAAGUAAUGAUAAACAUCCACUGAAUGCUAGCCUAAGCGCCGCACAAAACUUUGGAACACCGGCCAGUCCACAACCUGGCAUUGCCGGACAAUCCGGCCGUGGAGCUUCCGUGGUUCUUAAACAUAAAGUCGACAACAUCAAACGCAUGAGCGCUCACCCGCUGAUGCCAUUGUAUCUUACCGGUGGUCUAGAUGGUUCAGUCCAGAUGUGGGAAUGGGGACACCAACAAGUAGUAUGUACUCCAAGACCUCCAGGAACUUUUGCCAAGGUGACUCGGUGUCGCUUUUCGCAACAUGGUAACAAAUUUGGUAUUGCAGACGGAGACGGUAAUUUGAGUCUGUGGCAAGUGGGACUAGCUAGUCAGAGCAAUAGGCCUUUCUUUACAUACCAAUGCCAUAAUAAGGGAAUAACAGAUUUUGUUUUCCUGGGUUCCUGCAGCUUAGUAGCGACAUCUGGACAUAGUUCCGAAAGCAAAAAUGUUGCAAUCUGGGAUACGCUCUUACCCCAUAAAAAGGCCCUAGUGUCAGCCUUCAACUGCCACGAUCAGGGAGCGUCUAGUCUGGCGUAUGCGCCACAGCAUCAAUUGCUCAUAUCGGCUGGUAAAAAAGGAGAUGUUUGCAUAUUUGAUGUGCGUCAACGUGUUCUUAGGCACCGUUUCCAGGCACAUGAGAACCCAAUUAAAUGUCUAUCUAUAGACCCACACGAAGAACACUUUGCGACAGGUUCGGCCGACGGCGAUAUUAAAGUCUGGGGCUUAACUGUUCAUACAUUGCUUUAUAGCUUUAUGGGAGACCACGCGCGAAGUAGUUUCUUCAAGCACAUUGGUCAAGGAGUGACACAGCUGCAGAUCGACCAAUGUGGUCGUCUUUUCUCUUGCGGUGCCGACGGCUCUAUGAAAGUUCGACAGCUUCCAGAUAGAGAAUCGAUCAUUCAUUCGUUAUACUAGGAACAUGGCCGUAUUAUGACAAACAAUGAAUUACUACUUGGAAGUAGACGUUGACGACGAAAAUGCUAUCCCGAUAAACAUGUUAUAUAUAGAAUAAUAGGAUAUUCUGUGGAUAAAAUUGAGCAAGCUAAAAUGCAAAAUAACCUGACAUUAAGUGUUAUCACAAAUUGUAAUAUGAUGAAAAACAAUCUUAUAAGCGGAAUAUCUAUAGGUUUUAUCUUUGGCAAAAGUAAAUUACAUUUGAAACAUAAACAUUUACACAUAAAUAAAACAAAAACAUCUUUCAAUGUGAACCCAACAUCAAUUCUAACGCUACAACCCUAAAAGUUAAAAAAACAACGGAAUCAGAUAAAUCACAUACCACUGACAAUACCCAAAUUAUAACACUAUCUUAUUAAAUUUAAUGAAAAUACCAAAACAAAGUAGACAUAAUAUAUAAAUAAGCCAUUUAAAAACAAAUGUGAUGGAACAGUUUCGCCAGAUAGAAACAAUGUUUGUUUAAUAACGGAACGAAUAGAGAACGAUGACAUUCUCUUAUCAGUUGACCCUUUCAAAUUGAAUCAAAUAUUGAUAUUAUCUUUUCUUGGAUGCGGAUUGGGUUUUCAUUGUUAACUGUGUAUAUACGUUAACGUUUUCUAUUGCUAAACUUAUAUUAAGGGGGGACCCUACUCUAGAAGGUCGAAAAAUCAUGAAUUUUCAUAUUUUUUUUUGGCUGUCUAGAAUAAAGUGAAGUGUUUGGCUAUUGAUUAAGGUAUAUUUGAAGAUGUAAUUUCCAUGUCGUGAAUGUAAAUAUAGUGAGUAUUACACUGUUGGCAGCUGGGAACGUUGAUGCUCUUUCUAAAUCAGUACCUAACUGGUGGUAAGUUUUUCUCAGCUUCUAGUAGACCGAUCGGGCUGAAAUUUUUUUUCAGUAUAUAGAAACAUUAUCUAUCUUGUUACGUAGCCGUUUUUGAAAAUUCCAAAAAUUGCCAAAAGGCGGCCAUUUUAGUAAAAAAAUUGUUUUUUUUUUCAUGAAAAAUCACUAUUUAAAAAAUCAUAAAACAUUGAAAAACUCAGAUAUCAAGAAACGGCUACGUAACAAGUUAGAUAAUCCAUUUUUACAUGUGUAAAAAAAAAAUUCAGCAAAAUCGGUUCAGUAGAUGCUGAGAAAAAUUUACCGCCAGUUAAAAAACAUGGUUUCGAGAGAAACGCUGCUUACAGCGUAAUCCUCACUAUAUUUGUAUCCAGAACGUGCAAAAUAUAUCUUCAAAUAUACCUUAAUCAAUAUCCGAACACAUCACUCUACUCUAAGCAUUCGAAAAAAAAAUAUACGAAAAUUUAUUAUUUUUCGACUUUCCAGAGUAGGGUCCCCCCUUAAACAUAUUGAUUCGAUUAUACGUUUGCUUAUUGAGCUUUGCUUAUUUUUUUGUUUCCGUACAUCAUUGAAAUAAAUAUUGAUUAUAUAAAUUAAAAUGUGAGUGCACGCCAUUUUCGCGAGAUUUGUUGUUAUAGUGUUGUUGAUCAUGAAAAUAGAUAAAAUAAUUAAAUAUUAAAACAAACUAACGCACCCAAAAAUUUAAAUCAAUCUAACACUUGUAUGUAACAAGUGUACAACACUUGUAUGUAACAAGUGUACAUACACUACGUAAACUUCAGUAAAUGAUGGAUAAAGAAGAUGUAUAGAAUCCACCUAUUUACAAUAACUAUUAGUUAUCGAUGACCAUAUAGAGAAUUAGUAUAAUAUGGUGAAUAUAACGUGCAUCACAUAUAACCAUGCAAACGACAAAUGCAAAUUAUGAAAUCUAGCGGAAAUUUUAUUUAUUUAUAAAUAAAUGUUAAUCGUUGA